AUGAUAAUAAAGCUUUAUAAGUGUUUCCUAUUUAUAGGCGGCACAGCAGGAGCUGUGGUGGCAUCACGGCUUAGCGAAAUUCCCGAGUGGAAGGUCUUGCUGGUGGAGGCAGGACCGGACGAACCACCGGGUGCCGAUGUACCCAGUAUGGUGGCUAUGUUCCUCGGGUCAGAAAUCGAUUGGCAAUAUAGAACCGUCAAUGAAAGCAAUGCAUGUCGAUCAACUGGAAGUUCAUGUAGCUGGCCACGCGGUAGAAAUCUUGGAGGCACCAGCGUUCAUAACGGCAUGAUGUAUAUCAGAGGCCAUCCUAAAGACUACGAUGAUUGGGCUGCUCUCGGAAACUACGAUUGGUCCUGGAAGGAUGUUUUGCCAUACUUUCUGUGUUCUGAGAACAACACUGAGAUAGCGCGAGUAGGCAGGACGAAUCAUGCUCAAGGUGGACCCUUGAAUGUUGAACGCUUUCCUUGGCAACCGCCCAUUACUGCAGACAUACUUUAUGCAGCGGCAGAAGUCGGAUACCCCAUAAGCGAGGACCUCAAUGGAGAACGCAUUGUCGGGUUUACUGUGGCCCAAACUAACAAUCGUAAUGGGGUUCGUGUGAGUAGUGCCACGGCUUUUCUCCAGCCAGUGCGCAAUCGCAAGAAUCUCCAUAUUAUACUUAAUGCCACGGUUACUCGAGUCAUUACUGAGAAUCAGCGAGCAGUCGCUGUUCAGUAUUUCAAAAAUGGAGAGUUUCGUGUUGCCAGAGCAACUAGGGAAAUUAUAAUAUCGAGUGGAGCGGUUGGAUCUCCUCAUCUUUUGCUACUCUCAGGAAUUGGUCCCGCAGAACAACUUCGAGCAAAAAAUAUUAGUGUUGUGAAGGACUUGCCAGGUGUCGGAGAAAAUCUUCAAAACCAUGUUUCUUAUACAGUCUCAUUUACGAUAAAUGAACCAAAUUUGUACGAUUUGAAUUGGGCGGCUGCUACCGAAUACAUAGCCUUUCAAAAAGGUCCAAUGGCUUCAACUGGACUUUCGCAGAUCACCGGUAUACUUCCAUCUACUUUUACCACACCUAACCAUCCAGACAUACAAAUAUUUUUUGGUGGUUACCAAGCGGCAUGUGCAACCACUGGGCAGGUUGGUGCUGCGUUAGAUAAUGGAAAACGAAGCAUUAGUAUAUCACCAACCAAUUUGCAUCCUAGGAGUCGUGGUACAUUACGAUUGGCCAGUAACAAUCCCUUUGUGCAUCCGAUUAUUCAACAGAACUACUUAACAAAUCCACUAGAUAUAGCCAUAUUAGUACAAGGAAUUCGUGUAGCUCUUUCAUUAGCUAAUACUACAGUAUUGGCUAAAUACAAUAUAACAUUAUCAAAUACACCGAAUCCCGCUUGUUCGAGAUUUUCAUUUUUGAGCAAUGAAUAUUGGAAUUGCGCCGUCAUGCAAGAUACCGGUCCCGAAAAUCAUCAAGCUGGUUCUUGCAAAAUGGGUCCACCAAGUGAUCCUUGGUCUGUCGUUGAUCCUGAAUUAAGGGUGUAUGGUAUAAAAGGACUUCGAGUUGCUGAUACUUCUAUUAUGCCUAAAGUUACAUCUGGAAAUACAGCCGCUCCAGCUAUGAUGAUUGGAGAAAGGGUCGCUGCUUUUAUAAAAAAAGAUUGGGGUGCGACACCUACAGAAUGUUCUCACAUGUCAAAGGAUAAUUCUCUGGAUCUACUCCACUGGGGGAUUAAAUAUCUCGACUUAAAUCACAAUAUAUGGUGAUUUUAA